AUGUUUCCUCGCACAUCCUCCUUCACUGUCUUGAGCAGAGGCUGCCGCUAUCUCCUCCGCCCGACUGCCCCCCGCGCCUUCUUCUCGCUCUCCGCGCGCUCCUUCGCCGCCGUCGACGCCGCAAUGGCCGAUACCUCCGGUGUUACAGCGGACUCGCUAAAGAACAAGCUGGUGGAGCAGCUGCAGGCUCACCACGUGGAGAUUGAGGAUCUGUCUGGCGGUUGUGGUCAGGCAUUCCAGGCUGUCAUCGUUUCUCCCCAGUUCGAGAGCAAGACUAUGCUUGCGCGUCACCGUCUUGUGAACUCGGUACUUAAGUCUGAGAUUGCGGCUAUUCAUGCUUGGACUCCCAAGUGCUAUACCCCCGAGCAGUGGCAGGCUUUGCAGCAGUAG